UGUGCGGAGUGAAGUACAAUGGAAGUAACAGAGGAAUUCCAAGUGAUUGACUACGUGUUGGUUUACAAGGACGACGAUGAUCAGUCAUUCACCAGGGAGAGAAUGGAAUUUCUGCGCGAAGUGAAACGGGCUGGGCUCUGCCUGCUCCCCGACCUCACCGAGCAGAAAGGGGAGCUGGCAGGAGAAAAGGGGGAGGUAGAAGACAAAAGCAGGAGGGAAGAACGGAGACAUCCAGAGCAGAUUAUUAAAAUCUUCGCCCCGUUUGAUGUACUCAGCCAAGUAGCUGAAAAAAUGAGAUUAAAAAUGCCUUUGGAUAUAGAGGAUACAGAGAUGUCGACAACUGCCACAUCGACAUUACUGAAGUAUCUUGAGACUGAUAAUGAAGCCGACUAUUUCAGCGCACCUUAUAGACGUGACAAGCAACACCUAUUCAAAGGAAUUGAUAACAAGACCACAUUUUUUCGACCAGCUGUGAGAUCUCUAAUUGUUAAUUAUAUUCUAAAUGGGAUCCAAAUGCCCAAAGAAGGCCAGAAAGUUAAAGAAAAACUUAAUGAAGAUAUAGAAAUGCAGCCUUUUGUCCAGAAUAGGAACACCAGGAAAGAUCUUGAGAAAGAUGGAAAAACAAAAUGGAUUCCCAGUCUACCAUAUUUAUUAAUGAAGAAAGCAUUUACAUCUGCAUUCACACUGCAUGAAGGUCCUGAAAAUAAUUUUGGAAAGAAACCUAGAGCAUCUUCAAUACAAGGAGGUGGUGAUCAUCACAAUAGCUGGACGGAUCUUAAUAAUCUGUGGGCUAACACUUACAGAUUUCAGCCAUUAUGGAAGAUAAGAAACUACUUUGGUGAAAAAAUUGCAUUUUACUUUGCUGUGAUGGAGCUGCUUUUACUCUUCUUAAUUCCUGCUGCAUUCCUUGGCUUGGUUAUUUUCAUUUAUGGCCUUCUUCAUAGUGUUUCCUGUCACAAUGCCAUCAGUAAUGUUAACACAAUCUUGCAUGGAUAUAGUUGUAGCUUAGUCUGUUCGACUCCAAGCAUGGUCCCAGAAGUUGCAGAAAAAGCAGUGAAUCAAAUCAGGACUAUAUGUGACAAUAUUGCUGGAAGGAAGAAGAAUAUUGAACAAAUGAUGAACAGGACAUGUGCUAUUGAGAUUCACAGUAAUUGUACUUUUCAGGUCCUGCCAGAUGAUGUCUUCAGUGUAAUCAAUUCUUCUUUUGACAAUUCAGCUACUCCAGUGUUUGGAUUUCUCAUCUGUCUGUGGGGAACUGUAUUCUUGGAAAUCUGGAAGAGGAAGAAUGCAGAACUGGUGUAUGAGUGGGAUGUUGAAGAUUAUGAAAGAGAUGAACUGGUCAGACCUGAAUUUUACGGAACAGAGCCGGACCCAAUCACGGGUGAACCUGAAGCCUACUACUCACCUUCCAGACAACGGCUGAAAUUUGUGCUUUCAUUUUCAGUGGGAAUUAUAAUGGUGGGCUGUGUGUUCAUCAGUGUCUUGGCAGUGGUCGUUUAUAAAACUUGGGCUAGAUUUCGAGUGACAGACUCCAAAUCGUUAGAGUAUUUUCUCUUAACCACUGUUGUUGGUGCAUUACUUAAUGCAUUAUCCAUUUCAAUAAUGAGAAAAGUAUAUCAGGUGAUCGCAGUUAAAAUGACCAACUGGGAAAACCACAGGACUCAAACUGAUUAUAAUGAUGCCCUGAUAAUAAAAUUAUUUGCCUUCCAGUUUGCCAAUAGUUACUCACCUCUGUUUUACAUUGCAUUUCUGAGAACGAACAACGAGCAGAUUUUCAGAUCAAUUAAUUUGCCUGGUUUGGAGGAUAAUUGUGGAGAGCUGAACAAUUGCAUGAUGGAACUUAGUGUUCAAUUACUUACACUAAUAAUCACAGAAUCACUUCCAAAACUUGUAAAUGAUAUUAUUUCACCAUUAUUCAAACGCCUGAUAAGCAGAUGCUGUGGUAAAAGCAAAAUACUCUCUGUGAAAGACUGCAAUAAUGUGGAUGAGUAUAUCCUACUGGAGAACAAGAAACCAGACCUUGGAGAUUUCACACUGGAUGAGUACACUGUAAAGGUCAUACAGUAUGGUUACCUGAUGCUUUUUGCUGCCUCAUUCCCACUAGGACCAUUAUUUUUUUUCCUAACCAUCUUAUUUGACAUGCAUUUGGAUGCCAAGCGACUACUACGGAUAUACAAACGCCCCAUUGCUCACAUGGCUCAAGAUAUUGGUCAAUGGUUCACAAUUUUGGAUCUGAUUAAUGGUGUGGCUGUGGUGACCAACGGCUGCCUCAUUGUAUUCACUGCAGAAUUUGGGAGAGAGAAACUUUUUUAUGAAAAACUUGCCUUACUGAUAUUUUUUGAGCAUAGUUUGUUUGUUGUGAAAAUUCUGCUGUCGACGUUGAUACCAGGUGUUCCUCGAAAAAUAAAAAUGGCAAUAAAAAGGGAAAAAUAUGAGGCACAGAAGAAAAUGGAAGCUAAAAUGCAAUAGAUCCUAUAACAAUAGUAAAGAAAAUAGAAGAUAAAAGAUCACACAACCUCCUUCAAGAGUGAACGCCUUGAUGAAACUAUCUGCACACUCGCCCCUGCAGCUUCCCUCUUGGUCACCCCUCAGCUCUGUCACCUGCAGCGGUGUGGUGUGGCACUGUUUGUUAGAUUAUCGUGCCCUCCUUUUGAGGUCUACCUAAAAGUCUGCUUUUUGACUAAAUCUGCCAUCUCAUCUCUGUGUGAGACUUGCUCUCAUUUGUUAAUUAUCCUAUAAAGCACCUAGGGAUAUUUUACUGUGUCAGAAGUGCUUUACAUAUUGCUGUUGUUAAUUGAGUAUUUCUACCAACCUCUCAAUGUCAACUAAAUUCUUAUGGUCAAUACUGCAAAGUGAAAAUGUUUGUUCUGCUCCAUAAUUUCUGUGAUUGCUACAAUUAAUUGUUGAUUAACAACAUUUGCGGUGUAGUUCUAAAGGUUCUGAAACUGGGUCAGGAGAUGCUCUCUGUGGACUGUUUUCAGUUCAGUUCUUCAGUUUCCUGGAUGUGCCAUUUGACUAGUGUUUUACUAUUAUA